CGGACUAUUUCCAAUCUCGAUGUCAUCGCUGGUGCUUCGGUCGUUGAGCUCGGCGCGUGCCAUUGCCAACUGCCGCUCUCUGAGUGUGUUGAGUGGCAUCUCGGAAGAUUUACUUGUGAGUACGAGCAUCGGUCACCAGAUCGGCGGCGAUUCGCACGCUGCAUUAGUGGACAGUUUAGUCCAAACGAAUGUGGUGGUUGCUGGCUCGAGACUAGAGGCGGCGCUGCGGCGUGUGGAUCGCGGGGACUUCGUGGCACCAGCAUUUCGGGCUUCAAACGAGCGAUAUGCCAAUCGACCAUUGAAGAUCGGCACGGUGGCUACAAUCUCCACGCCACAGCAACACGCACAGGUAUUGAAUCUGUUAGAACCCCACCUCCAAGCUGGAAUGACAGCGGUGGAUGUCGGCUGUGGAUCGGGCAUUCUCGUGGCUGCAAUGGCUCACUUAGUGGGCCCAGCGGGGUUUGUCACGGGUGUUGACAUUGUCCCGGAAUUGGUGGAGUUCUCCAAAGCGAACUUGCAGCGCUGUCUGGGCAAGGACGCAGCGGAAAAGCAGACUAAGAUCAUCGUCAGUACUGGGAGGAAAGACCUUGGUCUGCCAUCCGACGGUCAGUAUGACUGUAUCCAUGUCGGCGUUGCGGUGGAAACCAAAACGGAAGCGGAGAGCUUCCUGGAGUACCUCAAACCUGGUGGUGGUCUACUGAUUCCGCUCGGUGGGGCGGGAGCUGAACAGAAGCUGGUCAAGAUGACUAAGUUAGCCGAUGGAACGGUGGACAAGCGCGACAUCAUGAGUGUUCUUUGCCAACCUAUGCUAGACAGCAUCCCAUUGGAAGUUAUCCAGGAGACUCGCACCGAGAAAUUGGCGCGAGUGGAGAGCGCUCUAACACAGUGGCGUGACGAUUUUGAGGCCAAAACCGGCAGGAAGCCCACGCGAGACGAUCUCAUGGGCAACGAGGAGUCAAAAAAACUCUUCCAAGAGUUUGCAGCGCUGAGAAACUAAAAGAAACGUGAGUUCAAAGAGGUGAACUUUCCAAUUUUAAUUGUUGAGCUCGAGUAUGGUACGCUCAUUUUCGUCAAGUGUAGGUGCUAUGCCAACGUCACGCAUGCGCCUCUGACUUGGUUUUUUGCAGGAGCUGCUCUGCCAGCUCGAUUUGGUGAGUAAUAUGUUCGCGCUGCGUCAUUCUCGCGUAUCGAGGCGGAUUCUCCGGUGUCACGAACGUUGGUAGUGGCUCGACAAUGGUGUCGCCAUUCGCGCCAUUAAAGCGUACGAUGGACUGACGCUUCUUCUCCGAGUUGCACACACGAUGCUGCACCACAAAAGCAUCUAAAUUAGAAAAAUGCUGCUCCUCACGUUUUGCACAUUUCAGUAUACCUCAGUCGCAACUAGAACUCCGUUCGUCCAGUGCUCGAGCAUGUCACCAACCAUGACGAAGAGCCUGUCGAGGGAAAACCAAC